AGAACGGUUAUGCCCUCGAACAGGAUAUCAUCCAGAUUGGGCCAGAAACUGUUCGUGGUAGUAUUGAGGGCAUAAUGCCGAUACUCUCUGACGAUGAGUACCUCAGAAGCCAUUAGUCCAGGAUCAGCCUCCUUGUGGAACCUCAAGCCACAUUUCCACCCCCUCCUCUGGGGCCCAUACGAUGUAAUCUAUCCCGAAACCUCACAACGCUGGAAUUUACCUGACCCUACGACCACUAUGCCGCAACGCGGGCAAGAUGUGAUCCGCUCGCUAGUGGAUGGUCGGGUCGGUAUCGUGCGCCAGGCACCCGGAAGAGACUACUUCGGCUGCAAAAGGCAGGAUCGCACUACGGCCAAUAACUUGAUUCGUCUAUUCAGGCAUGACGAUCAUCGGGAUCCUGCUAUCCCAGCUGGCUUCGAACUGGACCCUUGUGGCAUAAUAUUUCGCCAACAAAAUCCUUAUCGGCAAGGCAGCGGUAGCAGAGGCGGAGGCGGAGGAGGAUCAGGCGGAAGAAGAUCAGGCGGAGGAGGGACCACAGCACCAAGGACCACAACGCCAAAGACCUCAACGCCAAAGACCACAACGCCAAAGACCACAGGGACGGGGUGGGGACUACAAUAGCGGGACGGGUAAAUAAGAACAGGUCAUAAAUGGGCAGGACGGGAAUCGUAGGUUUGUACUAGUUUAGAGCUUGCUGGUAGUGAUCGACCAUCCCUCUCAGGGAUGGACGUGGAAUUUUCAUACUCCUAUCUAAAUUCUCUUAGAAGCUUAUCAAAUGUUUCGACCAAUUCUCGAAAGUUCCGGUUUUAGAAUUCAAUCAUUUGCAUCGGCUAACCUCAUCAGUUCCGGCCAUCUGUUUUCAUCCCAUCCAAUCCAGCAG